UUUUACCAUAUUUUAUUUAUAUAAGAAUGGCUUUAUAUAAUACCAAAGCUGAAACAAAAAUUCAAAGUAAAUGUCGUACAUACUAUCCGAACUUUCAUGAUAAACCAUUGUCUGAAAAAUUUUACUCUCGCCAUGAAAAUAUAAUAAAUAUCGGAAGAAAUGUAUCAAAUAAAACGAGAGGAAUUAGUUAUUUCCUAUCUGAAGAACAAAAAAAACAAGCUCCAAGAACAUUUAAUCAAACCUAUGGUUGGUUUGCGAAUUUAAAAAAUUUCGAAUAUGAGGUGAAAUCUCUGAUAAACGUUAAAAGUCCUUUACAGGAAAAAGCUGAUUAUUAUGGAAUAAAAAUAGAUGAACAACGUGCUAUAGAACCACGAACAAGAUACUAUGCUCCUGUAACUGAAAACCAAUGUUAUGGUUGGAUUCAAAAUUAUACGUGUUUGGAUAUAAAUAAACCAAUCUUGUGGCAUGGAGUAAAACUUGAUAAAUAUUUGAAGAAUGUUUUGCAAAUUACGGAUAAAGGCAACAAAAGAACAUUGCUAAACCGCUAAAUUCAUAGUACUGAGAUAUACAGAAAAAAUAUUUU